CAAAUAUGUCAGCGCCCAUAGUAUUGUCGAUUUUUAUUUCUUUUAAAAUUUCGUGGAAGACAUGACAUACUGUGUAUAUAUACGUCUGUAGAAAAUAUUGACAAAUUGUUUUAAAUUGCAGUUUUAGAAAAUGAUUGAGCAGAUAUGGCAGAAAGUAAAGAAAUUUUAACUGCAGGUGAAAUUGAAUUUGAUAUCAAGAAAAUAUUGAAAAUAGGCUCUGAUGCAGAAGAGAGACCUUCACCCAAAGAUGGCAAAGAGGAGUCAAAUACACAGAAUAGUCCAGAUGAAACAGACUUUAUUGGAGAGAAACCAUCACUGGAGACUGAUAAUUCAAAUAGCAAAUUAGAUUCAACAAAGGGCCAGAGUAAAGGAGCACUAGAAAAAGUCAAUCAUGCUGUUCCAGAAGACAUGGUGGAGGUAACCAUUUUGGACAAGAAAAAGAAGAAAAAGAAGAAAGGUGCUGGACAGGAACCUAAAGAGAUUGAUCAAGAUGGAGGUGAGGAUCCUGUAUUCCUGAGUGCAUUGGAGAAAGAACACAUUUUCCCUUUGAAGAAUAAAAUGAAGAAAGCUUUAGUUACUGUGUUCUUUUGUCGCUUAUGCAACAUACAUCUGAAUAGAGAGGCCAUUUCUCUCCACAUCGAUGAACAGAUGCACUUUCAGAGAAUGAAGAAUCCAAAAAAGAAACUAAAGAAUCCUCAAACAUCUCAGGAGAAACCACAGGCAAAACACGAUCGGGAACAAGGGAAAAAAGCAGAGAGCCAAGGUGCUCCUGUGUCCUCGUCUAAGUCACAGCAAGGAAAGGGAUCCAAGUUAUCUAUUCAAGAUAUGGAUGACAAGACUUCUACGGACAUUUUACAUAGUACUUUGGAGAAAGAGAAAAUAUUUCCCCUGAAAAAGAAGUCAGUAAGGUUCCCUCGAGCCAGGUAUUUCUGUCGGCUCUGUGAUUAUCACAUGGAUGCCGUGGAGGACUGUAAGAAGCACUGCCGAGAUAGUAGACACAAGAGAAGAAACGAGGUCAGUAAGUUUGAGACAAAGUUAAAAAGCAUUCCAUGUCCCUCCACCAGCCACUUGGCAGCACUUGAUGAGCUGGUAGAGAGAAUAUUUACAGAGAGGGGGUUAUCUGAGGGGGAUUUACAGUACAGGGAGGAUCUAACUAGGUCACUGCAAGACAAACUGACAAAGGAUGAACAGCUCAAAGAUGUAAAGUUAAUACUGUACGGUUCUUCUCUUUCAACCACUGGAAUGAAGGACAGUGAUGUUAACAUUGACCUAGUUGUUCCUCAGAAGGUCAACCAGGCAAAAGCCCUUACACAUGCAUAUAAAGUUAUCAAGUCUUUAGAGGAGUACAAGGAUGUCCAGAGUAACUUCUUAUCUGUAGUCCCCUGUGUGUUGUUCACCGACUCAGAAAGAGGCUUGAGCUGUCAGCUGACCAUUGGGAGUGACCUAGCUCGAGAGACUAACAAACUUUUACUCAUGUAUACCAAGUGUGAUCCGCGAUUCAGGAAACUUGCUUUGGUCUUCAGAUACUGGGCAAGGAUAUGUAAAGUGGAUUGUCAGAUGGAGGGAACUGUGCCUGCGUACUGCUUUUUCCUGAUGACUGUCUAUUUUCUGCAGCAGUGUUCUCCCCCUGUCCUGCCUGUGUUACAUACAUAUGAAGAAGAAACAAAGUCUCAGCCUAAAAAGGCACCAGCUCCCAAGCACUUAAACAUGGAACAGGUAUCAGUUCAGGCAGAGGGUUGGCAUUCAGAGAACACAGACAGCGUAGGAAGUUUGUGGUUAGAGAUGUUGGAGUUUUACAGUCUCAAGUUUGAAAACUCUGUAAACAUCAUUUGUAUCAGACAACACCAGGUUCUUUCCAGGGUAGAAAGAAAAUGGAACACAAAACGCCUGGCCAUUGAAGAUCCAUUUUCACCUAAAAGAAAUGCUGCACGUUCCGUGAAAAGUUUUGAACUCUUUGAAUAUAUAUGGGACUGCAUUAGGAUAUCUUAUCUGUAUUUUGGACUGCCAUCUAAUUUUUCAAUUUUUUCUGAUGAAGAACAGAAAUUUGUCCUGGCAAAAUCCAAAAAGAAGGUUGUUCAAAAUAAUACUGAGAAUGAGAAAUCAGGAGCUGGAAUUUCUUCUGACAUGACAGAUUUAGGAGGGGGAGGAAGUGUGUUAAAUGAAAGUGAAACCAGGAACACGCCAGAUUGUGGUGAAUCGGUGAAUAGGAAAUCAAUGGACUCUGUCUCAGAACAGGUGUCUUGUUCCAUUUGUCCAGAACAAUCUGUGACGUCUGGGUGCGAUGCAUGUUCUGGUAAAUCUAGUGAAGAAUCUUCCAAGGAGGAUGACAGACCUGCUGGUUCAGAUAAGUCUGUGACAGAAAACUCCAUAUCAUCUACGGAUUUGUCUCAAUCAGGUUCCAUAGAAGAAAUGGCUAAAGGCAUUGUAGACAGUGUUCUUAAACAUGCACUCUCAGUGUUUCAUUCCCAGUAUUCUCAAACACAAGAUGACAUGGCUGCUAGCAGUGAUAAGUCAGGCACAAACAAAUGUGAAAAAGUAAACGGUGGAUCAAACAAUGUUGAUCCAAUCAACACUGAGAUUUCUGUGGAGAAAAUGGAUAAGGCUCUGGAAUAUAUUUACACGUUUUCCUUGGAUACUCUUUCUGAUGGGAAGGGCCCCAAAGUAAUAUGUGUGAUCUGUGAGAAGGAGGGUCAUCUAAAAAUGAACUGUCCAGAGGAUUCCCUACCAGAGUUAGUUCCCCUGCCAGACAUGACAAAGGAUCAUCUAAGGCUACUUACAGAAGUCCUAAAACAAGUUCCAAAAGAUUUUGCUCCCUCAAGAGAGGAGACUCGGGAGAGGGAAAAUAUAAGAUGGGAACUGGAGCUCUUCAUACAGGAACUUUAUCCAACGGCCCGACUAGAGCUAUUUGGUUCAUCAAACAAUGGCUUUGGUUUUCGUCACAGUGACCUUGACCUAUGUAUGACCUUUGAUGAUCUCCCUGUUCCUGAGAACUUGGACUAUGUAGACUGCAUAGAGAAAGUCACAAAGAAGUUGAAAACACACAGAGGCUUGUACAAUGUGUUUCCCAUUACAACAGCUAAAGUUCCAAUCAUCAAAUUCAAACACAGAUCAUCUCAGCUGGAAGGAGAUAUCAGCUUAUAUAAUCUUCUGGCUUUACACAAUACACGGAUGAUUAAUUUGUAUGCUACGAUGGACUCAAGAGUCAGAGUGCUGGGCUAUGCCAUCAAAGUGUUUGCAAAGAUAUGUGAGAUUGGUGAUGCUUCCCGUGGUAGCCUGUCGUCCUAUGCCUAUAUCCUGAUGUUGAUUUACUAUCUACAGCAGUGUAAGCCACCAGUUCUCCCUGUCCUUCAGGAGCUACACACAGAGCCUGAUAAACCAGAGAGAGUGGUAGAGGGAUGGAACGCCUGGCAUUUUGAUGACACUGAGGCUUUACCCAGACUGUGGAGCCAUUAUGGUAAGAACAAUGCCAGUGUGGGUGAACUCUGGACGGGCCUGUUCAGAUUUUACACAGAAGAAUUCAAAAUGGAUGAAUGUGUUGUCUGUAUAAGACAACAUGAAACUCUUACAAAGUUUGAGAAGUUAUGGAAUGGUAAAUGUAUCGCAAUAGAAGAUCCAUUUGAUUUAAACCACAAUUUGGGCGGAGGCUUGUCUAGAAAAAUGCAUCAGUAUAUAAUGAAGGCUUUUGUCCAUGGAAGACUGCUUUACUGCAAACCUGUAGACAAAAUACCAACUACAUUCUCUAGUCCAGCUGAUUAUUUCUUUGACAAAACCCAGUUGACAUCGGGAAGUCCGCCCAAUGAUAGAGGUUGUAGAGUCUGUAAUAAAAUUGGACACAUCGCAAAAGAAUGUCCAGUAGUCCUGAACCGUAAAGAAAGGGAAGAAAAAGAAAGGGAAAGAAGAGCAAUGGAAGAAAAAAUUGCAGCUAGAAAACUUGAACAGGAGAGAGAAUUCUUUAACCAGCAAAUGAGGAACAGUCAACAGAGGGAGUAUCAUCACAAUCAGAACAGCCAUCAGAGGGAGUAUCACCACAAUCAGAACAGCCAACAGAGAGAGUAUCACCACCACCAGAACAGCCAUCAGAGGGAGUAUCACCACAACCAGAACAGCCAACAGAGGGAGUAUCACCACAACCAGAACAGCCAUCAAGGAAAUAAUUUACCAAGAGCUUAUAGAAGAAGUAACUCGGAGAGUCAGGAGUAUGCUCCUCAUACCAGACAGUCCUUACAGAAUCCAUUACUGUCACAUCCUCAAAUGCAAGGGUAUAUGUCUCCCCAAAUCCACCAAAGGGACAACAGACCCAUCCCUCAUAAUUCACCCCAGCCUCAUCUGUCUCAGGCCUACUCCAGAUCCAUGGGGGGCAUGAAAAUUACUGGCCCACCCCCUCAGCAGCUCUAUAGGAUGCCAGGACACGACCCACAACUGAACAUGCCCAGUAACCAAGCUAACAGGAUCUCACAGAGGAACCAAGAUCCCAGAAUGCAUCAGUCCAGAAAUCAUGGUCCUUCAAUGCAGGGGACACAACUGUUACAGGGACAAUUUCCUGGUUACUGGCAGGUGUUGUCUCCCCGACAGGUCUCAAGUCAAGGAUUAGAACAAGGUCGAAUAGUCAAUCCCAGUAAUCAGCUCAACUUUGGCGUCACUGUUCCAAAUGAAUAUUACAGGGGAGGUAACAUAGAACAGCAGAGAUUCGGUAAUUCCCAGUAUCGGGGGCAGCUUAAUCGACCAUCACCCAGGAAGUGAACAAAUUGUGUAUUAGGCUGUUAACUUUAUAAAUAUUUUCGGACUGACUUAGUAAUUUUACACUUAACUUUGAUUCAUCAUUUAACCCAAAUGGACAUUUAGUGUUUUAUAGAUAAGAUAAAAUGUCUCUAUUUUACAAUGAAAUAAAAAAAAAAAGAA